AUGGGGGGUGAUGAGGUCAGUGAUUUCGUAGCCUGGCUUCUUCCGGCUGCAGCAGCAACACUCAUUGCCUGGCUCCCGGAGCUGAAUGCGGAUGAAGUCGCCGGGGCCCCAGAAUUGACCGGCUUUAGUUGGCACCAGCUUCCGCGGCAUCCCCCUGCCUUCUCCGCAAACCGAUGGACCCUGAUAGGAACCAAAUGCUUCCACUACAGCGCCGAGGAACGCACCUACGACGACUCUGUAUCAUAUUGUGAAGGCAUGGGCUCCGUGAUCGCGAGCAUCCGUGGCGAAUCAGAAAAUGCCGGCGUGACUGCUUUGAUCCCCUUCGCCUGCGGCAGGACCGCUUACAUCGGCGCAGAAACUAAGGGCAAUGAAGUGUGGAGUUGGCAUGACGGAACCGCAUGGUGGCAGCCUCAUACUAACGGUGGACUACUUGGGAUUGAAGACACUCGAGUGGUCGUCAAGGGCAAUGAUCGGCUUUGGUACGACUGGGGCAAUGGCAGCGCUCUGCAUGGAGUCCUGUGUGCUGCAUCCUUUGAAAGCCCGGCUGUGCCCAUUGCAGACAAUAACGUCUCCACGUUUUGUAGCAAUGGCUGGACAUGUGCGGGAGACCGGUGCUUCCUUUAUGAUUCUGACUAUCGCGACUACGAUAACUCUGUGAGUUUUUGUCAAGGGCUUUAUUCCAUGAUAGCAAGCCUUCACAGUGAAGACGAGAACAGGGUAGCGACGGCUCUUGUUCCUGGCCGCAGGACUGCUUGGAUCGGCGCCGAGAGCGAUGGUAAUGGCGUCUGGAGCUGGCAUGAUGGGACUCCGUGGUGGCAGCCGGCAGUAACUGCAGAUAUUGACGGAACGAUGGAUGAAAUACGCAUUGUGAUCAACUCAGAUCAGCUCUGGCAUGACUGGAAUCUAGGCAUUCCUGGGCGUGGUAUCCAUGGCGUCCUUUGUGCCGCACCUGUUCACAGCGAAGUUGGCCGAAAUGCUACAAAUCAGUGCGGAGCUUCGAGCGAUGAUAGAGCCUCUGCAGUUUCCUUUGCACUUCUCAAGUCCGUAGCGGCUGUAGCGCCAGUGGUUUUGGUGUCCAUCACCUGCCCGCUUUUUUAG